AUGGUUUACCGCCUCCAUCUUACGUGGAAGCAGAUGAGACUAUGUAUUCGGGAUCUGCUCAGUGUUAUUCUAUUCCCGGAACACAGGCACGUGAUACGGCAAAGCUUCGAACUCCGUCAUUCACGAGAUACCGGCACAAAGCAUCCAUCAAACGAAGGCCCUCGUCAACCCCGGCUGACUCAAUGCUCAACCAUCGAGAAUUUGGAUACUUCCAAAAUCUCCAUGAUCCAAUAUGCCAAAGUCUACCUUGCGAAUUUCUGGUUCGGUGCAAUCGACUACUUCUCAGAAGAAGAUUUCUCAGACGACAAAUCCACACCAAACAUCCCCCCGCCAAGCCGGGCCCCAAACUUCGCGGGACCAAAGCUGAACCGCGAGCCGUCAGUAGAAGAGACAGCGGCAGGGGCGGCAGCAUCAUCCUGCCCAUUGGGCACAACCUUGAGGCCGCGCUUCUCAAAAACAGCCGCUGUUCCAUCCCUCGACGAUUUCCAUAAGGCGCUUCUUCUUGUGCUCGCCUGCGUCUCGUCUCAUUCUUUGAAAGAGGUUACUCGGCCCCAGGUUGAAAUGUCUCCCAUCAUGUACAAGGCAGGCUGUAGCCUCUCAGAAAUGCCUCCAAAAAACCACAAAAACAAAAGAGUUCACCCCCCCGGUGGCGAGCUGGGGGCUACAUCUCUGGCGCACAUGCUGGGACUCGAACACGGGACCUCUUCGCCUUCACCGAUUAGGCUGUUCGUGGACUUCAACCACUCCACCAACCAGCCAAUGGAAGGUGCGGAUGACGAGGUCUCGGGAGGGAACCUGGAAGGCGCGAUCACCACUAUCAAGGUCGUACCUUCCGCGUGA